AUAAACUACUGUAUUCUAAAUAAUUAGUAAGGUUUUCUUAUUGACCGUUUAAAGUUCAUUAUAUUAUUACUUUCAACUAUUUUACUUCAAUAUGUACUACUAUUCGCAAUAAAACGAUGAUAACCAAAUGAUGACUCUUCAAGUAAACAUAAAAUACUUAGACCUGGCACAUCUCCUCUUUGGUGGAGUCAGCCAUAAGGAAAGGAAGGAAGGAAUAACAUCUAAAUGGUACCAGCGGUGAGCUGCGGAGAACCUCUGCCGCCAACUUAUCCGUACGUGAUCACGUUCAACUCGACUACGGCGGGAUACGCUUUAUCGACGGAGGCGAUGAUCACAAAAUUCUACUUCCGAUGUUGCCGCUACGAUUUAGCACCAUAUUUUUGGUAUCGCCUAAAACCGUAGCGUUGCGCAUCUCCCUGCUCAUCUCUGAUUCUGCAAUUACUAUUUCAAAUCUAUCGUAGUUUUCUUAUAUGGCUAUCGUCAUAUUUGAGUGCACUGUCAAAUUUGACAAUUAAGUCUAUUUUGCGUAUUCCUUUAAAUUCUAGUAAAUCUAUAAUAAUACAUCACAUGAGCUGCUCAGUUCUUGAUUCACUUAGAUAUGAAAAAGUCGCAAUGAUACCUGCAUAUAAUUUUAAUAAUAUAUAAAGAAUUGUAAUUUCAACUAGUUCUUAAAAUUUACAAGUGUCAAUCUAACCUAACCUGUAAUUAUGUUAACUACAAGCAUCAGCAUCGAACAAGAUGGUUUUGGUUAUGUACCUAAAGAAAACUCGAAAUCAAACGCUGGAUUAUUCAACAUUGUUCGGAGAUAUACGUUAACUAACAAAAAAAAAGCAUCAGUGCGAUUAAUUAGUUGGGGAGCAUCCAUUCAGUCAGUUAGGAUACCAAACAAAGAUGGCGUUUUGGGCGACGUCGUUUUAGGAUACGACAGUAUGGAUGGAUAUUUAAACAAUAGAUAUUUCGGAAAUAUCAUUGGUCGUGUGGCGAAUCGCGUGGCGGAAGGUUUAAUUUAUAUUAACGGUAAAAAAUAUGAAUUAACAAAGAAUGACGAGAACCAAAAAAAUCAUAUAAACGGUGGAAUCUACGGUUUCGAUAAUGUUAAUUGGGACUCGUGUGUAUCCGGGAAACAAGUGGUGAUGUCUAAUCUUAGUAAAACCGGAAGUGAAGGCUAUCCGGGACAUAUGUUGACCCAAGUGAAAUACACGUGGACAGAUUUAAAUGAACUGCACAUCAACAUUCGUGCCACUUCCACGGAAGCUACACCAGCCAAUAUCACUAAUUAUUGUCUAUUUAAUCUUGCAGGCCAUGGCAUGGGAGUUAAGGAGUUGAGGAAGCACAUAGUAACAAUCAAUGCCGACAAAUGGACAUUAAUGGAUAUACGGGAUAAUUUACCUAUUGGAUUAAUUGAACCGGUAGAUCAGACUGUCUAUGAUUUGCGUACACCGACUCAAUUGAACAAACAGACAAUGUAUAAUGUACCAGGAGGUGGAUACAAUCACAAUUUAUGCAUAACGACCCCGAGCUGUUGGUGUUAUAGAUUUCAUGCAAGAAUUUUACAUCCAGAUUCUGGUAGAUUUUUGGAGGUUUAUUCGAAUCAGCCAGGAUUGCAGUUUUACACAGGAAACGACUUACCGGAUCCAAAUCGUAAUUACCCACCGGAUCAUGAUGAUUAUUAUUGGGGAGGUUGUGGUGAUUCCCCGGAUAAAACUGAACAAAAUACCAAUGUGUCAAACAAAAAUUUGUAUUUUCCUGGCAAAGAUGGCGUCCUGUACCGUCGUCAUGGCGGAUUUGUUUUGUCACCACAAAAUUAUCCCGAUGCCGUAAACAUUGAAUCGUUUCCAUCCUGCAUUCUUCAUCCAGGAAAAAUGUACACGCACGACAUGACAUACAGGUUUGGUGUACGCUCAAAAAUGUAAUUCUAUAAGUAAAAUUAUUUUUUUAAUAUACGUACCACCAAACGACUAUCAGGACCGAAGAGUAAGAUUCCAUACCCCGGGUGAUUAGCAUACCAAACUGAUAG